AUGAAGUUCUUUACUUCGUCAAUCCUUGUCGCUAUUGCUGCUGCCUCUCCCAUCACCCUACCAGAGUCUGAGAUGACUCAGAUUCAGGCCCGUCAACUAGGUUCAUCCAAGUCGGAGCUUGAAAGUGGAAGCUCGUCCGCAUGUCCUAAAGCCAUUCUCGUCUUUGCACGAGGCAGCACAGAGACGGGGAAUUUAGGCACGUUGGGUGUUCCCCUCGGCAACGCCCUCGAACGCCGAUAUGGCGCCGCAAACGUCUGGAUUCAAGGUGUCGGCGGUCCCUAUGGCGCUACCCUCGCCGACAACUUCCUACCUCGAGGAUCGUCUGCAGCGGCUAUCAGGGAGGGUGUUCGCCUUUUGAACUUGGCCAACACCAAAUGUCCCAACUCCGAACUUGUCACAGGUGGUUACUCCCAGGGCUCUGCUUUGAUAGCAGCCGCUCUUACUGAUGUACCUGCUGCAGUACGCAACAAGGUUGUCGGUACUGUGCUGUUUGGCUAUACCCAAAACUUACAGAACCGUGGUGGCGUCCCGAGCUAUCCCUCGGAUAGGCUGGAGGUAUUCUGUGCGUUGGGGGACCUUGUUUGCUCCGGCACCCUAACCAUCACUGCUGCUCACCUGUCUUAUAGUGAUGAAGCAGGUAACGAAGCACCAGCGUUCUUGAUCAGCAAGAUUGGAGCUUAG